AUGCAAACGGACCAUAGAGUUCCUACAACUAAUACAGCUGAGAUGAGACAACAACAACAUCGUAAACGUUCAUUUUCUGGUAUAAAUCCUCGCAAACGUGAUCGUCAGGAUCUUAUUUGCGUUGUUUGUCACGCACCAGCUAUGGGCUAUAACUUCGAUCAAAUAACUUGUGAAAGUUGUAAAGCAUUUUUCCGUCGUAAUGCAUUAAAUAAUGCAGACAAAUUUCAAUGUCGAUCUAGUAAUAAUGAUUGUGUUAUAACUUUAGAAACUCGAAAAAGAUGUAAAGCUUGUAGACUUAAAAAAUGUUUCGACAAAGGUUUACGUAAAGAAUGGAUUAUGUCCGAAGAAGAAAAACGUACAAAAAAACAGAAAAUCGAAGAUAAUCGUCGUUUACGUGCAAUGUCACAUAAUUCCACAAUGUUUUCAUUUACACCAUCAUGUUCACCACCAAUGGUUCCAGAAACAGAUAGAUCUCAGUUUUCCGUUGAAUAUCAAACACGUAUUAUUGAUGAUGAUGGCGGCGAUGAUUACGAAUAUACGAACGAUAAUAAACAUAAUAUUCAUCUUUUUGAUGAAACUAAUGAUACUAUGCCAGAUGACGAACUAUCGAAUAAUAAGAGUAAUUUAAAUCAAAAUAGUUUUGAUUAUAAAACUCUUUUGGAUUUUGAAGAUCGUAUAUUAUUAAUAAAAAUUGAAGAAGACUAUACU